AUGGCCGUGCUACCACUGACUGUCCGCCCGAUCCAGCCUUCACCAGGCUCGGAUAUUGAUUUUGGUGCUGAAAUCGAGGGCGCCAACUUGGAGACCUUGACCGACGAGCAAUUUGCAACUAUUCGUGACGCACUUUACCGCUAUCAUGUAGUCGUCUUCAAGAAUCAGAAGGGACUAUCUCCCAAAGCCCAAUAUGAGCUCACCAAGCGCUUCGAUCCUGCCUCUGACAAUUACGGACAUGGCAAGACUAUCGACGCUAAACGAAGCAUUCUUCACCCCGAUCUCAAGACCGUUCCCCAUCAGCCACAGGUUCAGGUCAUCGGAAAUGGAUUUGUUCCUUCAUAUGAAGGGCUGAAGGAAGUCACUCUACGACACCCACACCACCGCACAUUCCACAAAGAUCAUGUUCCUGACGAUCAAGACUACGAUUUCACUCGGUUCUAUCGCUGGCACAUUGAUGCUGCUCUUUACGAUCUAUACCCACCCCAAGUGACGACCCUGAUGGCUGUAAGUGUCCCCAAAGGUCGUCGUCAGACAUUAUUAUAUGAUGAUGGCACGGGAGAAACAAUGGAUGUUCCCCUCGGCACAACGGCAUUCGUCAGUGGCGAGCGAAUGUUUGAGCUUCUUUCGCCCGAAGACAAAGAGUUUACCAAGACGAGCAAGAUUGAAUACGCUCCUCACCCAUAUAUUUGGAUGAGCCCAGCUCGGUCUCGUUCCACUGGACUCGGCAUGCACUCCGAAGGUCUCGAGCUGCCAGAGUCGGACCUUCCACCGAUCGACCCGAGCAAGAUAAUGGUCUUCCCUAUGACCUGGAAGAAUCCAGUGACGGGCAAGCUGGCACUGCAGAUCCACCCAUCUGCCGUGCGGCGAAUUCACUGCGCUGAUGGCACUGUGAUCGAGGAUUUGGCUCGUGUGCGGGAGAUUGUCUACAACCUACAGCGACCAGCGAUCAGCCCCCAAUAUGUCUAUCCACAUGACUGGGUGGAUAAUGAUUUAGUGUUGUUUAACAACCGUGGAGUCCUUCACUCGGUAGUUGGUGCUUUCAAACCGGACGAGGUUCGUUUGUUCCGCCAGUGCAACUUGGCUGCCUCUGAUCCGCCCGUCGGACCAUGA